GGCUCGCAGCUGCCGGCCCCGGGACUUCAGCUGCGGCCGCAGCAUGGGGCGCUUCCGCGGGGGCCUGCGGUGCAUCAAGUACCUGCUGCUCGGCUUCAACCUGCUCUUCUGGCUGGCCGGCUCAGCCGUCAUUGCAUUUGGACUGUGGUUUCGGUUCGGAGGCUCCAUAAAGGAUUUGCCACCAGAGGACAAAUACCCAGAGCAUUUCUACGUAGGCCUCUACGUGCUGGUUGGAGCGGGGACCCUGAUGAUGGCCAUGGGAUUCUUCGGGUGCUGCGGUGCCGUGCGCGAGUCCCAGUGUGUGCUGGGAUCAUUUUUCACCUGCCUUGUGGUGAUAUUUGCUGCUGAAGUGACCACUGGGGUAUUUGCUUUUAUAGGCAAGGAUGUAGCUAUACGACACGUGCAGACCAUGUAUGAAGAGGCUUACAGUGAUUACCUUAAAGACAGGGGAAGGGGAAAUGGAACCCUCAUCACCCUCCACUCAGCGUUCCAGUGUUGUGGAAAAGAAAGCUCUGAACAGGUCCAACCCACGUGUCCAAAGGAGCUCGUAGGUGGUAAGAAUUGCAUUGAUGAAAUUGACACUAUUAUCCGUGUGAAGCUACAGCUCAUUGGAAUUGUCGGUGUUGGGAUUGCAGGCCUAACGAUCUUCGGCAUGAUAUUCAGCAUGGUCCUUUGCUGUGCAAUACGAAACUCACAUGACGUGAUCUGAAGCUACUUGGCCAUGAGUGUGGCAUCCUGGAGCUCUCAUACGAAACGUCACAGAGCUAUCUCAUCUCCUCAAUAUUCAGAGGACAGUGGGAUGGAAAAUACUUUGCUGCCAGUUGUACAUUUGCACAUGUAUGGAUGUCUGAUUCAUUACUGGGGUGCCCCUGGAGUGAACGUCUGUGAAUGUUGAGUGAGAACAUUUUCAUGUGUGAGCUGUGUGUUUCUGGUAUGUGCAUUCAUGAUAAGAAUGAAAUCUAUCUGCUGAGAA